AUGCCUGCUGCUCACAUGGCUGCCACGAGGGCACCCCACCUUCCCCGCUUGUAUAACGAUCUCUCCGAACUUUCCCCAAAGCCUCCCUUGGUCCUGAAGGCCAUUACGUCCUAUCCACCGAUUCAAACUUUCAAUUGCUGCUCUGCUCGGCACUCGCACCCUGGCGGAGGGAUGACGAUCACUAUCUUGGAUCUGCCCACCGAGCUACUCGAGCUCAUUCUUGGCCCCACAAUCGCUUCUGCGCACAAUGCACCCGCAAACAUUCUCUGUGUGUGCCGUCGAUUCGCGAGCGUUGGUCAUGCGCUGCUCUACGCGAACCAUUCCGACAUAGGGGCUUUCUUAGGCAGCAAGAAGACUCCACGAACGCUCGAGGUCGACUUUACGGGAAAAGGCGCCGACUUGCUAGUGUGGAAGGGCUUGCGAGACGUGCUGAAGGCGAUUUGGGAAUCCGCAAGCAAGUCGUCAAAUGAAGAGGGCGAGGACAGUCGGUAUGAUAAGCAAACAGGUCGAUUGCACCUCGAGGAAGUGAAGCUUAAGCUGCAUUCAUAUGCUCGCGACACGAGCCUGCACUGUCUUGAGGGUGCUCUUUCGCUCAUUAAUCCCGAGAGAUUCUCCUGGACAGGGCCCGACCCCGAACAUCAUUUCUCCAUCGCAAUCGUCGCGCCCGUCGCCCAGAGCCUCUUCUCCGCCUUUGGCACAUGGACGCACAUCCGACACAUCAAAGUGACAAACAUCGCGUUCCCCUUCCCCGCCGCCGACCCUCCCCCUGGCACCGUCCACGCGCAAACGGCCUUCCACAUUAUCGCACAUUCGCACUCCCAAUCGUUCAUGCACUCUCAUUCGCAGUCCAGUGUACAACGAAACGCGGCGAUGCAACCUCUCCUCCCAGCCAUGCCGAACCUCGAGAGCGUGUACAUUGGUCAGGCCGCGUUCCUCUCGCCGGCUGCCGUGGCUGCGAUGUUCCUGCGUGCAGGUAUGAUGCCCAAGUUACGCAGUGUGCGGCUCGUAGACGCGUAUAGCGAGAGCAUCUGGGGCGCACGAAUUCGUCGUUCGGACGUAGAGCGUGCUGCACGGAAACUUGUCGGUGCACAGAAAGAUAGAGCAAGGGAUGAAGUUAAUACGGACGACUCGCAACCCAUCAUGCUUGAGGCAGAGGCGGAGUCGGAGGAGGUUUUGGAGAAGGUAAGGGAGGUCGUUUCGUGUGAGAGGAUGACGGAGAGGAUUAUGGGAGGGGACCGCGUGGAGGGUUUGGGAAAUGUAAUUCUUCUGUGAUGGAAAGCAUCAGUGUAUAACACGUACGAUGUACCUGGGCAUGCGUGAGCCAACGAAAGUUUUGAUAGCC